AUGCUCCUCCACAUUCUCGGCGCAGGCUCAGUAGGCUCACUCAUCGCAGCCAACCUGCGAGCCAGCAAUGCGCUACAUGACAUCCGUCUGAUCGUCCGCACGCCUCUUCAAGUCAAAGAGCUCGCCGCGAUCAAGCCUAGCCCGAGCUGGUCCCAGGCUGAUGUACCGGGUCGAGCCAGCACGACGGCUCAGGUCGACGAAGCGGCUGAGGACGAGCCUGCAGAAGCCACGAUCAUCGUCGAACAGUCGGGCGUCACGAGCGACUAUGCUGGUUUGCAGAUCGAAUAUGCCGGUCCAUCCAGUGAAAGUGCAGCCCGAGCCACUCAGUCUAGCGGAUCGCUAGGUCCUGCAUGGACAGCCCAGCUGAACGCCCUGCGUCGGACGAUUCGACACACGCGCGACGACUGGAUAUCCUCGCUCAUCGUCACCACGAAGGCGCAAUACACAGCAGAGGCCAUAUACCCACUCAGAUCCCGUCUGUCUGCCUAUUCUACCAUUGUCUUCCUGCAGAACGGCAUGGGCAUUCUCGACGAGAUCAAUACCAGCUUAUUCCCCGAUCCAGAGGAUCGUCCCUCCUAUAUCGUCGGCACCUUGACCCAUGGCAUCUGGCGGAAACCCAGUCAAGGCAGGGCAUAUCGGCACAUCGUCUGGGCGGCACAAGGCGAGCUUCAGUUCGGCGUUCUUCCCAGUAACCCCGUUCGCGAGGUCAUGCAAGUCAAGGUCAACAAUCCUGCAUUGGAUCCGACGAUCGAGACAGCUGUCGUGCCCGAUCAUCUCACAGUGACCGAACCUGACGCUGACAGUCUCGAGAAGACCGUCAAAGCCUUGCUGGAAUGCCAAGCGCUCCAGCCACGUCUCAAUCGCCUAGCAACAUCGCAAAUGCUGCAAUUACAGAAGUUAGCGGUCAAUUGCGUCAUCAACUCGCUCACAGCCAUCUUUGACGUGCGCAACGGCAGACUGCCCGACUCUGAGCAGUUCGAUGGAUUAGCCAGUGAUAUCUGCGAUGAGCUCAGCAGCGUGCUUGCUGCAGAUUUUGCGACUCGUGGCGACGUCGCCGUCGAAUUCCAAACUAUGCAAGAGUAUGAUCGCGCUCGAUUCCCUCCCCUGCAUCGGCUAGCCGGCCCUACUCUGCUUGCAAACGUCCAGCUCAUUGCUCUACAGACUCGCAAGAAUGUCUCAUCAACUCUUGCAGACAUUCGCAAUGUUUCUGAGACUACAGAGAUUGACUAUAUGAAUGGCUACAUAGCAAAACUCGGCAGACGGCACGGCAUCCCGACGCCUGUCAAUGACAUGAUGGUCCGAUUGGUCAAGACCCAAUUGGAUCUGCGUCGGGUGGCCACAGCCAGACGUCAGGCGAAAGCCGCGCGACAGGCCAGCUCACGACGAUCGUCCUCGGAUAGCGUCUAG